AUGCCAGUCGAGCUUCGCAAGCGCAAGGCGCCCGCGCCCGCGCCAGCACCACCCGCCAAGAAGCAAACUAAGGUUUCUAAGGUUGCUAACAAGGUCAAGGAAGCUGUCAAGGGCAAGCCAGAGAAAUCCACCGAUGCCAAUGGCUCAUCCAAGGCCGCAAAGCCUGCCGUCGGUGACACCAUCACCCUCGACGGCUUCGGUGGCGAGAUCGAGACCAACGAUGGCACCAAGACUACACUCAAGGCGCUUCUCGAUGAGAGCGAGUCCGGAGUGGUGCUCUUCACUUACCCCAAGGCGUCUACCCCUGGCUGCACCACCCAAGCUUGUCUGUUCCGCGACUCGUACGCGGAGCUGACCAACGACGGGCUCGCCAUCUACGGGCUCUCGACUGACUCACCCAAGGCGAACACCUCCUUUCAGACAAAGCAGAAGCUACCGUACCCCCUCCUCUGCGACCCGGGCGCCACCCUGAUUGACGCCAUUGGGCUCAAGAAGAGCCCCAAGGGUACCACCCGUGGCGUAUUCGCCGUCGACAAAGCUGGCAAGGUUCUCGUCGCAGAGCCUGGUGGUCCUGCUGCUACUCUCCAGGCAACCAAGAAGCUCGUCGCUGCUGGUGAUGGUUCGGCUGCGAAGGAGGAGCCCCUCGUUGCUGCUGAGCCUGUGGAGGAGGCAAAGCCCGCCAAUGGAGGAGCUGCUGAAGAGCAGAAGAUUGAAGAAGCGCUUGAGAAGCCAGCUGAGUGA